AGGAGCCGUGAGGGUUGUGUCUCUCAUCAUGUCAGAAAAACAGCGAGGUCUGGUCUAUAUGAUCACGGGAGGAUGCGGGUUUCUCGGCAAACACCUGCUCCGGGUUUUACUGGAGAAGGAGGACAAACUGGAGGAGAUCCGGGUGUUUGAUAAACACAUAGACCCAAGUUUAAACGGACUGAGCACAGAGCGGACAAAGGUGGUGGUCAUUCAGGGAGAUAUCACCGACUACAACAGCGUAUUAGAGGCCUCCCGUGGGGCUGAUGUGGUCAUCCACACUGCCAGCUUGGUGGAUGUUUGGCACAAAAUCCCAGACGCACUCAUCUAUUCCGUCAACGUCACAGGAACGGAGAAUGUGAUCAAUGCCUGUGUGGAGUGUGGUGUCCAGUGUCUGGUCUACACCAGCAGCAUGGAAGUGGUUGGUCCCAACAUCAACGGCGAACCCUUUAUCAGGGGGAAUGAAGACACACCUUACAAUGUGAAACACACUAUGGCCUAUCCGAAGAGCAAGGCAACGGCAGAGAAAAUUGUGCUUGAAGCUAAUGGCAAAAAGCUCAAAGGGGGAAAGUGUUUAUACACAUGCUCUCUGAGGCCAACAGGGAUCUAUGGUGAGGGGCACGAGCUAAUUAAGGACUUUUACAAACUGGGUGUUGAAAGGGGAGGCUUAAUUAUUGGCGGCGUCCCAGACAGCACUGAACAUGGGCGUGUCUAUGCAGGCAAUGUGGCCUGGAUGCAUGUACUUGCAGCCCGAGCCCUGAGGGAGCGCCCGCAGAAAGUCGGGGGUGAGGCUUUCUUCUGCUACGAUGACUCACCCUACAAGAGCUACGAGGAUUUCAACAUGCUGUUCCUCUCCACAUUUAACUUCAGAAGAGUCCGCAUGCCCUCAGUGGUGGUCUGGUUCCUGGCCAUGGUUAAUGACCUGCUCCGUUGGAUACUUAGCCCCGUAUAUAACUACACUCCGCUGCUGAACCGUUACACCUUGGCAGUGGCUUGCACCUCCUUCACAGUGGGCACAGACAAAGCCCUACAUUACUUCCAGUACCGCCCCCUGUAUGACUGGGACCAGUGUCGGGCCCGCACGCAGAAAUGGGUUAACACAUUCCCUCUGGAUAAACUCAAAGACUCCUGAUGUGACCUAAUCUACUGCAACACGCAGUAGUGUUAGUGAGAUAUUUUAGUGUGUUGCUGCAGUAACUCAAAAAGGGUGUGUUGUACCUCUAACUGAAGGUGAAACUGCUAUAUUUGUCUUAAAACCUUUCAGACAUGUAGUCAUAGUUCAGGACUCUCGGCCUCAUACAGUAUUCAGAAUUCAAUCAUUUCAGCUUCGAGUAGCAAAGAAAUUUUCAAACGAGAAGUUCCAAGGACAACCACAAAAUGAUCUGUAAGGAGAUAUGGAAAAGGGUGUAGUGAGGGGAAACAGCAAUACAGCUAUGAAAAGGUGCUUUUUUAAAAAGGGUUUUAAGAAGUCUUAGUUUAAAAUACAAUGCAAGUUUUGUCUGUAUAGGUUACAUUCCAGAGGCACUGGGUUCUGACUGCACAUGUCAGAAACUGAUGCAAAUUUGUGAGUCAUGCAUUUGUUAUGUAUGGACAACAUCCUAGUCUAGCAUUAAUAGCUUAGCUAUAAAGAAAACAUAAUAUAUGUGCUUUAUCUGUACAAAUAAUUUCAUUAACAGCCUUGACAAAGAAGAUUUAUUAAUGUUUUCUGUUGGAUUCAGUCUGUUGUUGUUUUAUUGAUACAACUAACCAAGGAAUUGCCUUUAGUUAAGACGUUGAGAUGGUCUAAUAUCAGCAAUUGUGACCAAUGUAAACACAAUGUAUAAGCAUUUACUACAUGUAAAUGGUCUUUAAACCUGUAUUUUAGUAAUUUGUAUCUAUGAUAUCAGUAUUUUAUGCUGCAUAAUUUAAAGAACGUUAAAUGUAUUGUAAUGACAUUGUCAGAAAUAUAUCCUGUUAGUAAAAUUUUUGUAAUUCUAAAUAAAGAUUAUUUAUGAUGUUAA